CCGGGCCGGCCAAGCUUUUCCAGAUGUCCCUGGUAGAUUUGGGAAAGAAGCUUUUAGAAGCUGCACGAGCAGGACAAGAUGACGAAGUUCGCAUUUUGAUGGCCAAUGGUGCACCUUUUACUACAGACUGGUUGGGAACGUCUCCUCUUCAUCUAGCAGCACAAUAUGGGCACUAUUCCACCACUGAAGUGUUGCUUCGAGCUGGUGUAAGUCGGGAUGCCAGGACCAAAGUGGACAGAACUCCAUUACAUAUGGCAGCUUCUGAAGGCCAUGCAAGCAUAGUAGAAGUGUUACUUAAGCAUGGCGCUGACGUAAAUGCAAAGGACAUGCUGAAGAUGACUGCUCUUCAUUGGGCUACAGAACACAAUCACCAAGAAGUAGUGGAACUCUUAGUAAAAUAUGGAGCAGAUGUCCAUACGCAAAGUAAAUUUUGCAAAACAGCAUUUGACAUCGCUGUGGACAAUGGGUUUGAAGACCUGGCAGAAAUAUUACAGAUUGCAAUGCAGAACCAAAUCAACACAAACCCAGAAAGUCCUGACACUGUGACAAUACAUGCAGCAACGCCUCAGUUCAUCAUUGGACCUGGCGGGGUAGUGAACCUAACAGGUCUGGUAUCUUCUGCAAAUACAUCAUAUACAUCAGAUGAUACAGGAGUGUCUGCUGUCCAGUUCGGUAAUUCCUCAACUUCAGUACUAGCAACUUUGGCUGCCUUAGCAGAAGCUUCAGCUCCAUUGUCCAAUUCUUCAGAAACGCCAGUUGUGGCUACAGAAGAAGUAGUGACUGCAGAAUCUGUGGAUGGUGCAAUUCAGCAAGUUGUCAGUUCCGGAGGUCAGCAGGUUAUUACCAUAGUGACUGAUGGGAUUCAGCUUGGAAACCUCCAUUCCAUUCCAACUAGUGGAAUGGGUCAGCCCAUUAUUGUGACCAUGCCAGAUGGGCAACAAGUCCUUACAGUACCAGCAACUGACAUUGCUGAAGAAACGGUGAUCAGUGAAGAGCCUCCAGUCAAGAGACAGUGUAUUGAGAUAGUUGAAAAUCGGGUGGAGUCUGCAGAAAUAGAAGAGGAACUUCUAAGCAAGAACAAAUGGGCAGAAUUGUUGGAGAGCAAGAGACCUUUGAGCAAUCAGAAGAAUAGACUGACCAACAGUUAUCAGGAAAGAGAAACUUUACAGAAGCAGCUGGAUGAGGCAAAUCGGGAAGCGCAGAAGUACCGCCAGCAGCUUCUGAAGAAAGAGCAGGAGGCGGAAGCCUAUAGGCAGAAGUUGGAGGCAAUGACCCGCCUCCAGACUAACAAAGAAGCUGUCUGAAUGGUUGAAGUGAGCCUUCUGUAAAGCCAGUUUUAGAAAACAGCAGUACAAUCCGGACCUGCGUGUCGCAUCAGCCACAGCCCCGGGAUUAUAUGCUAGAGAAGAUGCUACAGGUUUGAAACUGGACUUAAGCCAUGAGUUCUGGUGAAUUUCUUGUAUAAUAAGUAAAGUCAGAAUUUAGACAUUUUGUGCAAAAAAGAAAAAAAAUAUUUAAAAAGAAAUACUGUAAAUAGUUGUUUUUUUACAGUUCCAAAAUUAGUUGCUGAAUCUUUUUGAAGGGAUCCACAAACAUGCAAAGGCAAUGUUUUUGAGACCUUUUUGAUUUUAGUACAAAACUGCUGAAAUACAGAACAGUUUUAAGGGUGAUAACUGUUGAUUUGAACUGACGGUGUGAAAAUGAAUUAUGUGAUGGAACCAAUCCAGAAGGCUAGCAACUUAGACUUCUGAGUUCAUACAUCUCCUCAUGGAAAUCCUUUGUACAGCUUUAAGUAGUUGUCCAGAGUCUCUGAACCCUGCCCCUCCCUUUUUUAUUUAGAAAAAGUGUAAUUUUUUAUAUUUAAUUACUGUUAUAUUCAAGUAGAUUGACAUGUAUAUGAAGCUGAUAUUUUUUAAACUUUUCAGUUUGUACAUAUGCUGCAUGUUUAUAUCUAUAUAUAUAUCUAUAUAUAGGUAUAUAAUUUCUACAUACAACUUACAGAAGUAUUUUUCAGGAAAGAAGAGCGAAAAUUAUGAGAAAAAAUGUCUAAUCUAUAGGUCAUGGGUGGGGAGAGAGAAGCAAGCUGGUGGUUUUUUGUUGUUUUAUGCGAGUCCUAUUUCUUGAUGAAAUGUAACUUGAGAGAAGAGAAAGAAAACCAAGACAGGUUUGUAUGUAAACCAGACUUUGCACCAACCACUUUGCACCAACCUGGUGCCUUCGGAUUGUUUUUGGAUCACAACUCCUAUCACUGCCAGCCAGCUUGACUGUGCUGCUUGGGGCUGAUGGGAGUUGUAGUUCAAAAAUAUAUUGAGGUCACCAGGUUGGCACGAAGGCUGAUGUAAUAUAUGGAUUAUUUGAAAUUUAUUCUACGCAGAGCAUGAAAUCACAUUUCUAGCGUGUCUAGCAAAUCUGGGCCACAAAUCCACAGGUGGAGACCAAGUUGCAAAGCAGUCCAGUUAACUUUCCCUCUGCUCCUAUGCUGCCACCUUAACCUUGUAGGCUCUUCACUUUGCAGGCUCUUCACUUCCAAGCAUUACAAAGAAGGUGGCUGCAAUUGUUCUUUGCGAUGGGUGGAGAGGGGUUGCAGAGUCCACUUUAAAGAAUCUAUAGGUGAAUGACACAGAACUGUACGUUAUAACAUGAUUCUGAUUGACCAAAAGCAAACGCGAAUGAGUUGAGCUCAUUGAAAGCAUUUGACGAUAUCUAUGCAUGCAGCAAAAGGUGGUAUCGCAUGAGCUGCACAAAUUUCCGAAGAGGGUGGAGUUAUUUGACAGGAAAGAGUCCAGAUUUAUAACGGCGUAUAGCAAUUCACUUAUUUGUAUGUAACACGGGCACAGAAGGAACUUGGCUCAAGCUGAACUCGAGCUAUUGCCUAUCCGGUGCAGCAGGAGCAUAGAGUGGAGGAGUGAGUUGAGCGACAACAUAAAUAUAUACGUUGAUUUGAUACUGUUGUUGCCUACAGUUGUUUCUGAUUGCUAGGAUUAUGUUUGAAUUUGUGCAGUCAUCAAAGAUAAGAUACAUAGCACUUCCAGUGUACAACACUAUCUCUUUGAAGCAUUGUGAUAUCAAGAAAUAGGUGGCAGCCCUAAAUCACCAUUACGUUUGAGAAUAUAGGAGUGUUGUCACAUCCUUGGGAAGUAGUCAGCACUUGGUCCCAGGAACUGCGGUUGAAGGGGAAAUAGAUGUAAUCUGACAUACCAAGGACCUCACAACUCAAGUCUGCUUUGCACAUGCAGCAAGAAUGAGAGGUAGAACAGACUGUACCACUUCAGGUUGCAGGUGGAGACUGUCGUUUUUUAAUGUUCCCUCGUGCUUUUUUUUUUUUUUUAAAGAAAACUUGCAGGAAGAAAGCUAGCACGUUGGAGGGAGUGGUGCUGAUCCAGCCUUCUGCCUUGUGUGCUAGUUUUCUACUUGCAGGAGGCUUUUU